CUGUCCUGUGUGAACAACUAGCGGCUCCAGCAAACGGCGCUUUCAGGGCUGUCUGUGGAAAUAUUUUCACCAGUGUCUGUGAAUUCCAAUGCAAUGAUGGUUACAAUCUAGAAGGUUCUAGCACUCGAACAUGUCAAAGUAACAAGGCUUGGAGCGGUACACCAGCACGGUGUGAGAGUGAGUAUUGAUUUCGUUCGAUCGAAAAUCCUUUCCUUAGCUUAGCCUGACUUUCGCCAAUUCUUUCAUCGGAACACUUGAUAUUACUCUAGAACUCUUUUUCUCCACACUUCACACCGUUUACUAGAAAUUUGUGGGUUCUAGUUUUUUUUGCAGCCCGCAGAAUAGCAAGCAUGAAAGGCGAAUAAUUUAAUAUGUACUUUAAUCAAGAGAGGACAGGUAAUAUAGAGUGUUUCUAUUUAUCGUGUUAAGGGUCUGGUUGCCUUGUUCUCUUGUAAUUACCCAGAUUUGGUGAAUCAACGAUCGUGUCAUGAGACUCUGAUACCAUGUUUGGUUUCAUCAGGAAGCGUCAUAUUCGGCACCUCCUUACCACUCCACUGCCCUAAAUUUCGCUCCAUGCAAUUCGCCCCAUUUGGCAUUUCCCCAUGCAAGGUAAUCUGGAUUCCCGGUAAUCUGGAUUCCAAAAUCCGAAAUUUUUGCUUGUGGAAUCUGAAAUCCCGGGCUUUGAAUAAUGUGGAAUUGAGCGCAAGGAUUCUGGAAUCCCGCUAACGAUUGGAAUCCGUGUUACAAGUUCCUACUGACAAGGAAUCUGGAAUCCGGUCAGGAAAUUAACCCUUUCACUACCAAAUGUGGCCAAGGCAAAUUUCGACCAAAUUUCCAAAUUUCAUUUUCUAAAAUUUUGAGAAACAAAUAGCACCAUAUGUAAGUACAUGAAGGGAACGUUCAUUGGAAUGGUCACAUCAUAGAAUUUCGUCCACAGACUCAAGAGUUAGAGUCACCUUACAAAACUCUAUCAAACACUCUGGCAGUGAAAGGGUUAAGGAAAAGCGUGAAAUCCAGAAUCUUAGAUUACCUUGUGUGGGGCGCCCGAGCGGGUCGGUUUUGCAAGCUUUAAAGGGAAAAACGUUUAAAGCGAUCUCAACAAGCUUAAAAGGUUUCUUAUAUGUUUUAUGCUUUGUUGCAGUCAUUACGUGCGCAGUAUUGCCACAGCAGGCCCACGGUACUAAGACAUGCACAGGGCAGGGGUACGAAUACAAUGAUCAGUGUACUUUCACUUGCGAUGUGGGCUACGAAAGGAAGGGCAGCUCUGUAAGAACAUGUCAAGCCGAUGGUCAAUGGUCAGGAACUCAAGCCACUUGCGAAGGUAUUUGAGAUAGCACUGAGGUCUUUUGUACACGACCGAGUUAUGUUUAGUGGCUACGAAACUUCUCAGAUGACCACCAGUCACGUAAUAUAUAACAAUCAAAGUUCAUUCCUUGCUUUAUAUAGCAGCUAUGAAGGCUCAAAAAUUGAGAAUUUUGGCAUCUUAUUCAACCUAACAGUGGUUUCUUAAAUAUAAGAAAAGAUUUUAAACUAAAGCAGGUUGCUGAUAUUCUUCUUGGAAAAAAACCUUUCUUGGGAGCAACCAAGAUAUUAAUUUAAACCUCGGAUCUUGUGGAUUGGUUACAUUCAACGAAAAGAAAAAUAUAAAAAUUAACUCUGUCUGAUUUUGAUAGCACCAUUCUCGGUAACCGAAAAAGAUGUGAGAGACCUUUUUACAAGAAAAACCCUAGUCAUAAGCACUUUUUGGACUGCAUACGCGCAUCUUUAGUUCUAUAAAAACUUAAAAUCCAGGUUUAGAUAUAAUUAAAUUAUUUCUCUCGGAAUUUCUUUUAUCAGUUUUUAUAUUUUUGCUAAGAAGGGCACACAUCGUUAAGGACUCAAGAAUCCGGAUUUGAAUCAUUAAGAAAACACGCAUAUCCUGUGAAAACUAAAGGGGAAGAGCUCCUCCAAACAUAAAAAAGGCACUUACACAAGGUAUCAUGUUUAAUGGUUUGCGUUUGCUGAUUUUGCAGCCCGUCAGUGCCCCGCCCUACGUUCACUGGCAUUUGGCACAGUAGAACCCGUCGACUGUGUAACGACACCACAGCCCUACCAACGAGGAUGCGUUAUGAGAUGUGUUGUUGGUUAUGUCAUGACUGGAGAUAGUCCUUUGACCUGUGGCGCAGAUGGCACAUGGCAAGGAACGUUUCCAUCCUGCAAUGGUACUGCUUUUUCUUUUGUAGUGUACAAUAAUGCCUAAUUCCCCAACAGGCCCCUUAAAAGUUAAACGAUCACACGCAAACUGGUGUUUUGGCACAGAGAGAAGUUUAUUGUAAAGAAAAACUGAUAGUCAAACAAGCAAUCGGCUCCUGUCAAACGAUGAGAAUAAUAAACUUUUCUGCCACCGUCAUGCAGAACAAUCUAGGGUUGGUGGGUGGGAAAGCAAUCUGGUAGCACGCUCCACUAACAAACGACCAACAAAAACAGAAAUAUGAUGAGCGACAAUCCGAUACUGUUUGAAUGUGCCGUCGCACAAUUACUCUCUUUGGGUCCGUCUAUGCCCAAAAAGGGCAAAUUUAAUGGGGAUCCUGGUCUUGCCUGGUAUAUUAUAUUACUUGCACACACAGUAAUGCACUGAUAACCAUAAGACUGUUUUUCGACUGCUAGAUGUAUAUAUCGCGACAGGAAACAAGUGAGAGCUAAAGCCACUAAACUAGGUUCGAAUUUAUAUACAUACUGCUAGGACUGGAAUGUCGUUAUGUGCUUAUGCGGAAUGAUAGAAAUAUGAACUGUAGCUAAGUUUAAAAGCCUUUAGUAAAUUGCCUGUCAUCUAAUAUAUCCGUGAUUAUAUUUUCUUUUAGAUAACCAACCACCUAUAAUAACAUGCCCUGCCGAUAUAUAUAACGGAACAGACCCUGAGCGUCCAACAAGAACAGUAACUUGGAGCGAUCCAAUGGUCAGUGACAACGCAGAAUUGCACGAUCCAUUAGCCACACCAACUGUUGUUAAGUCGCUCAAUAUCGCCUCCCCUUACGACUUCCCCACAGGUACAACGCGUAUUACCUACACGGCCACAGACAAAAGCAACAACUCAGCAUCGUGCAUUUUUACCGUAACUAUCGUUGGUAAGUAAAAUUCACAUUUAUGUUAUCAUGCUUGCAUGUCGUAGGGUGUUAAUUUUGAAACCACGUUCGUGACCUCAUUUUGAGACCGUAAUCAUCGAUUCUACUAAAGCGAGAAACUGUCUAUUAAAAAUGCUCUCAAAACAUUUGCCUCAGACUAAUAGUGUCGAUUUUCCUUUCCACAAUGAUGCGACUUUACCAAUUCCAGCUCGGAUGAAUUUUUCUAAUAGACUUGGCUAACUUGUUCAUGCAGCGAGACUGCAAAGAUGGCCUUAAGUCCAUGGAUUACAUAAAGAAGUUAACGGCUUUACGUAUUAAGAUUGGCUUUACCUAAAUAGAAAAGGUUUAUUGUUUAAAAACAAAACAGGACGAGGCUGAAUCUAGAAAUGUGACGUAGAAAGACCUUACUAAUUUAAACUGUAUCAACCUUCUUUUCAGUAAGUUGCUUGAUAUGUUACUUGGAAUUUUUCAGACGAAUUGGUCACGGGUUAAAGAAAAGAGAGCAAAGAGUGUGACUUAAAUAUAUUUAGCCCUUUUUUUAAAAAUGAAUGUCCAUACUUUCCAAUAAAUACAUACAUAUUUAUAAUUCUAUAUCUUCCAAAGCACUGUCAAAAAUAUUGUUGUAAACUUCGAUUGCAUUUAUUCCAGACGUAGAAAUCAAAUAUUCAUAUCGAAAUAUAAAGAAUAAGAGCGCGGGUCCUGGCUAGGAAACUACUCCAUUUUGUUUCACUAACUGAUAGUUUUAUCAUGCUAGAUGCAAAACUAUUGAAACUUCGAUCUUUAAUGUAAACGGAGACAGCUUACCGGGCCCGUUAAUUAUCGGGACUUUCGAGAAACGGGCCCCUGGAACCGGAUGAUCAGCGGUAACUCUGGAGAUGGAAAGUGAUCAGUGGUAGCUUGUGAGCGGGAAGUCUUAAAUCAGUAAAUCCUUCCUCCUGUCAAAAGUUAUAGCCAACAAACCAUUGUCCAAGCAUAAUCCGUUGCCCCAGGCCUCUUUAAAAAACUACUUCAGACCAAUUCAUCACAUUCCGGAUCAAUUUAGGUUUCUGGGAAACUGCCCACGUACCCCUCCCCUAACAACAUUUUGCCCUAAACGAGAGGUAAGUGUUACUCUUGGCUUAGGGGAGGGGUAGGUGGGCAGUUUCCCAGAAACCUAAAUUGCUCCCACAUUGCUUCUUAAAGCGGCUGUGUCACGGGUGUCUAGUUUAUUUUAUUAGCAUUUGCACUUCCGCAUUUCCCAUAAUGCUCCUUAUUUGCCCCCCAAAAUUUUGCGAAAGCGUUGCUUUCAAUUUAUCUUGGGACGGCUGUAAAACCCAGGACUAAUGAAAAACAAAGGUUAUGCACAAUUUUUUAGGGGGAAAUAAGGUGCGUUAUAAGACAUGUGGAGGUGGCGUAUAGCUAAUAUUACCCGUCCUUGCUUGCCGUAGAGCUUGAGAAAUGACAAAAUUUCUGCUUCAUGUCAAACAAACAUGUCUCCCAAGAAUUAUAUCAAACGUUCCAAACAACAAAAACUGAAUUUUGAAAAUCUGUUAGAGGGUAAGUCAACUUGCAAUCUAUUAAUUUCUUCUUCAGAUAAUGAACCUCCCAGAAUUUACUGUCCACAAAACCAGGAAGUUAAGAAAGAGAACAGCCAGCCAACCAUUAAGGUUUAUUGGGAUCCCCCAACAUACAGUGAUAACUCCGGCCAGGCAGUCACCAUAUUCACCGAGUCAAUCAACGGGUCUGACUUCAGAACAGGUCAACAUCAAGUGAAGUACGAUGCCACCGAUCACGUGGGAAACAAUGCCUCUUGCACAUUUAUUAUCGUUGUUUCGAGUAAGUAAACGAUGCUGGGAUUUAUACUGCGCUUUUUCGUUUUUACAGAAGAAGAAUAUUUGCUAAAGCCUUUUUAAAGCUCCAGAAGCUUCUUUUGUUUUGGUCAGUUUUGAAAACGAAAUGGUUGGUCAGCCUCUACAUGGGUUGAAACCAUCAAGAUAUACUUGUUUUGUAGCUACCCAGGGGGAGGGGGGGGGUACUCGAUAUAUCCCUAGGUGGGGAGGUGCCGCGUGGCCCCUCAUAUCCUGACCCUGUUUAAGACAAAUAUCGCUGAUUUUCCUACCCUGUUUAAGACAGAAUUCCGAUUUUUGAUACCCUGUUUAAGUCAACAUUAAUUAACAUUAGAGCUUGUAAAAAUUUUGCUGUUUAUCGUCCAAGAAAAGAUAUCCUGUUUAAUACAAAAAUUGAUAAAUCGAUAUCCUGAUUAAGACAAAAAAUGAUAAAUUCGAUACCCUGUUUAAGACAAAAAUCCCGAGAAAAAAAACCCUGGCUGGCCGCACGUCCCCAUUAAGCCCUUAUAAGGGAGUACCCCCCCCCCCCCCCCCCCCCCCCCCCUCUAAAAACAACCCCAGCCCCCUCACCCCCCCCCCCCCCCCCCCAAAACACUCCCCAUCAACCACCUCUCCCCCCUUUCUUUUCUUCUCUUUUUACUGAUCUUUUUUAUUUUAUAUAUGUUGAAAACGUACAUCCCUAAGGGGGGGCCCCCCCCCCCCCCCCCCCGCUUUCAUAUACAGUAGGACCUCGGUAACUCGAACUCCUCGCUAACUCGAAUUAAGUCCCCGGAUUAAGUCCCAUUUCCCUUGGAUUUGACCUUACUUUACGGUCACUUUUAUUAAUUAGGAUAACUUGAUAACUCGAAUUCCCCGCUAACUCGAACUAAUUUUCGUUUCCUUUGAUCAACAUUUCACUGAAAUUUACUCCGAUAACUCGAAUUCUCGUUGUUGCAACUCACCACGACUGCCAUCCCUAUAGCUUUUCUUGUCGUGCAAUCGGUAAAACACCUAAAACUAACACAACACAAUUUUUGCAACGUGCAGAUCACGUAUUUGACAAUCAUUUCCCCGUAUUAUCUGAAAAAAUGCAUAAACGUGUUACAAUUUCUGAUGAGAUAAGUUUAAUUUGCGCUCUGCUGUAUAUCGAAGUGCUGAAAUAUAAGAUAGCGAAUUAUCAAUAUAUAACAUCAUUAGGUAAAGAUUAGAUCGACCGCUAUAACUCGAACCCCCGCUAACUCGAACUAUUUUUCGUGUCCCUUCAGAGUUCAUGUUACCGGGGUUGUACUGUAGUUAUCAACCGCUGCAAACAUAAGACUCACCAUUCAUUACAAUAACUACGAGCCAAUAGUUUGAUCCUUCCUAAUAUUUCUUUUUGAACUUAAAACUAAAGUAUUCCUUUUUAUAUGUAUUCAGCUGUCAACUGCAAGCCAUACGAUGCACCAAUUAACGGACUUAUAUCUUGUGCGCAUUCCGAUCUGUGGGGUGGAGAAGCUUGUACUCCUCAGUGUAACGCUCUAAAAGAAUUUGCUCGAAUCCCAGCUUCCUUCUACAUCUGCCAGGCAAGUGGUAACUGGUACAUCUGGGAUUUCCGACCAACAGUUUCACGGGAAAUGCCUUGGCCGGAUUGCACAGGUAAACACCCGGUUAGACAAUAUUCACACUGAAAUGUACCAGUCAUGGAGUUAUGUAUGGUGGGCAUUAAUUUGGAAAAAUUAGCAUGACGUCAAAACAGUGAAUGUUGUAAAGCCGAUUUUUCGCCGGUUCGUAGGCUAGAUCGGGCAAAAUUCGGAUUAUAUCGAUUUCAAAGUUUUUUUGUUUGUUGUUGUCAUAGUGAUAUCGAUUUUACUAAAAUAUGCAUUUUGACAAACUUCAAUUUAUAAUCAAUCACUGAUGAAAAUGUUGUAGCAAUCGGACAAGGAUAAAAUCAACUUACAAGUGAUUGAAAAACAUCGGUAUGGUAUCCCAAAAACUGUAUCGAAGCACUUAAACUCCUCUGUCACGCUUGUAAAAUAGCCAACUGAUUUGCCUCCAAAAUUUAUUGUGUCUAUUUCAAUCAUUUGUUUCCGUACUUAUUUGUGGGGCACAAUAGGAACUACUGGGUUGCCAGUAAUUGUGUUACCCCUACAGAGUCGAUUUUUGGUUCAUUGCUAUAUACUAGUUAUAGUCUAGCGCUGAGUGCCAAAGAGCAAAGAUUUUACCGAUACGCCGGCGCUGUUCAGUUUGUUUAGAAACGUCAUGAAUUACCGUUAUUCACGAAAAAUAGUUUGAACUCAAUUCGAUUGCAUAAGCGAAAAUUACCUUUAAAGAUGUGAACUAAACUGCUCUAUUUGAAAUCCCAACUUUACAUGGCAUAUUUUUCGAGAUAGUGCAUGAAGUUGGUGUUUUUAUGCGAAGUUGCGUACAGGCCAUUUUGCGUAAAUUUUAGUGGUUUUAUAAGCGAACUUAGAAUGCUCGAAAAACCAUAAGUCCGCGAAUAUUCAACAAACAGAUUUAUAUUUGGUCUCUUUUUAACGCUUAGGAAGUCUACUCUUUUCAGGAAAAAAAGGGAUUUAUGGUGUGCCGAUGAUGCCUUCCGAAUUACUUUGCUUCAACGACAAUAAUUUUUGCAGCGUUAUCAUUUUUCUUAGCCGAAUAAACAGGCAGUGUAUUCGGGUAAAAUAUUUUGAACUCAAUUCGAUUGCAUGAGCAAAAAUUACCUUGAAAAUGAUGAACUAAUCUGUUCUACUGCAUAAAGAAUUUGAAAUACUGAUUUUAAAUAGCAUAUUUCUUGUAUAUUCUCUUCUCUGUUUCACGUUAUAAACGUUACCUUACACCACUUUAUGUUACAUCCCUUCGAGAUUCAUUCCGCCUUGGAACUUUCGCGCACCGCUUUAUUAUACUGCCGCCUCGCAGCCUCGCGUCUUCACGAGGCUGCUCGUUGGCAAUCAUCUCUAACCCUUAGGAUAUUUGCCAGUUCGAGGGUAAAGUUUUCAAGUUUCAGCAUCGAUACAACAACCUACCAAGUGAAUUAAGUUACCCCGUCCAUUGUAGAUUUGUUCGCCUUGAUCAGUAAUCGAUCGGUUAAGGGAUUGUUCACAUUGUACCGAAAUGCGUUUAGUUCCAGAAUUAAGCUCGCAAAGUAUUCACAUGAAAAAAUCGACCGACUUAGCCUAAGCUGUUCUAGUUCCCGUACUUUUGCUAAAACAUCUAAUGAAAAAGGCUUUUACCCCGUUAAGCCGUUUACAAUUUUGUAGAGGUUUACGUCAUAUUAUUAUCUUGAAACAAGAGAUCAUAAUAAGACUAUUCUUGCCUGAAAUCAAAGCAUUUUCAGUAAUGUUAGGUUACUUUCAAAUCCUGACAGGCAUGCUUGACUAUAAACAUUCAGGUAAUAAACUAGCAGACAAAAAAAAAGAGAAGUGUUAGUUACUGCUGUUCACGAGCCACCUUAAAAUGAAUAGGGAGGAGAAGUCGUUACGUCACGUUGCCAUGGCAGACGAAUUUCUGCAGGAUCUCAUCAAAACGUGGUCCUGCAUCUUUCUUCGCUGAUGAGCCGAAAUCGAUUAAUGUUGAGUUGUUUGAAUAUUCUCGACUGAUGUUGUUUAUUGAUUUCCCGCAGAGGAAUAUGUACCUGGAGCUGCACGUAAGGGCAUGGAAUGGCAAUAUUUUGUUGGAGACUGCUCGGAUCCUGCAGUGCAAGAACAAGCCAAGAUUAAUUUCCAGAACGGAUUAAACGCGAUUUUUGGAGGCGGCGAUCCUAACUAUUGCCAACGUGAGGGAGUAUGCGCACUUGAAAACAUUAAAAUCACAUGUGGAAAGACGCAAAGACGAAAGCGUCGAGCUGCACGGGUGAGUAGUGAGCUGCAUAAUAGAGUCCUUGCCCCAUUUGUUCAAAAGCUGGAUAGCACUAUCCACCGGAUAAAUUACUAUCCAGUGGAUAAGUAUACAGGCAAUCAAUUGCGCUAUCUAGUGGAUAGUGAUUUAUCCAGUGAAUAGCGUUUUCCACGUUUUGAACAACUGGGGUCUUAAGGCUAAGUUGAGCGUCCCCAAUAGGUUUCUCAGGAUCCGGGAUCUCCCUUAUUUAAGGCGCGGGACUUGGGAUUAAAAAGCAAAAUUGGGCCGAGAUUCAGGAUUGAAUGGAUGAGGGUGGGAAAAUGACCUCACAAGAUUCACAGCAAAACUCAUUAAAUUUCAAGUUAUGGCAAAACAAACAAAUAAUUUUGAAAGAGCGUGACGUGUAGAAACAAAUGUGAAAACAUCUUUGGAAAAGCUCAAUUGCUUUAGGAGAUAAAGCAUCUUGAAAUGUACGUAUGUUUCUAAAAAUAGUAACAAAAUGGCUGGAAAUUCAAAAAUCAAAGCUUAAUACCUCUUUAACCAAUUGAGCUUUACCAAAAAAAAUUCACGUCAUCUUCCCGCCAAAAAACUUUAAAAUCGAAAUACAAAAAAUGCAAACGUAGUCCCUAAGAUGCACUUUUAUGCGUCCUAUACGCCCAUCGUGGACGUACCCGUUUCUUCUGAAUAAAGUGGCUGAAGUCUACAUAUUUUUUUCUUAUCUUGAGACCAUUUAAAUGAAACGAGAGAAAAAAGAGUAAAAAUUUUCUCGGAAAAAGUAACCAAGUGUUCUUGAUAGUAUCAGCAAACUUACUAGGCGGGGUUGUUAUUAGUGAGCAGGCUACUGCAGUAAAAUUCGCCGGCUAUUCAAAGUUUCAAAAUAAGUCAAAUGUAACAAUACGGGAGGAUUUGUAUUAUGAAUGACAGGCUACUCUCCUUGAGAGACCAGCGAAAAAGGGGCUAAAGUUUCGUAACAUUGGCCCACAUAAUGAUAUUUCUUUUUUUUCAUUUUAUAGCCCGUCCUUAUAAUCGAGCUUGAUGUGGAAGUUAUUACUCAAAACAAUGACUUUGAUCAAGCGAAGACCUCUCUAGAACAGAACGUUACCAAUGCGAAAACCGAUCCGUCAAUGCAAUCAAUGAAUGCUGGAUCAGAAACUAUGACUUUGAACAAUGUCACAGAAACCCCUACUUACGGUGUGUGCGUAAAUGGCAGUGUGUAUGGUCUCAACCAAGCUUUUGGCCACGAUACGAAAUGCCGUAAGUACUCCAUGUGCCUUAUUCUAAGUGUUGGCACUUUUUUAAUUCAGGGCAUUUAACAUUUGCAGGAAAAGAUCUAGAUCGGUUGGAACGAUAUAUAUUUUUUGUUUUUUCUGCUUUGUUUUUUUUUUUUAAUGAGGAAACAAAACAAACUUUACUAAACUCUUCUCAAAUAGAAAAUUAAAUACAAAUCAAUGGGCAUAGCACUCUGAUGUUAUUCAGCGCGGCCGCUCUUUUUUAAUGAAUUAAAGAAAAAAAUAAUUAUUUAAGAAUUUAAGAAAAAUAAUUAUAUAAGAAUUUAAGAAAAAAAUAAUUAUCCUAAAAAACGUGACGAUAAGAACAAGAAACGUCGGAAAGAGCGUGGCUUGACAAAUAAUGUCGCAGACAUAUUCCAAGAAUUCUGGUUACCGAAAUGGAAGAAGAGGAAUGCCCCUAAGGAUUUCCAUUUUUCCCUGAAUAAGCUCAUAGAAAUAAAAUAAGGAUGAUUUCUACAUUUUGAAACAACAAUGAGCAAUAUAAUAGAAACUUGGAGCUUUGAUAAUUUUGUGCCAUUAUAAUCAUAUUAAUUUCUUAUUUUUUGAUAAUGAUGGCAUGAAGUCAUCGAACGUCAAGUUUCUCUUAAACUACAUUUUCAAAAUUAAAAAUUUUCAAAAGAUAGCACAGUAAAGAAGACUGGGACGCCAAAAAUAGAACUUUUAGACUCCGCGCAAGUUCACUUUAAUUUGCUACCAUGCAACAUUUUCUUUUAUAAUGGAAACGAAAAAGGCAACUCCCUCCGGGUAAAUCGGGGUUAAUAUUUAGCAAUUUUUAGUUUUUGAUUGACACGACCAACGAAACCGAAUUUACGACUGAAUGACCUCAGGCAGCCCAAUAACAAAUACAUAACGUUAACGAACAAAAGAGCGAAUGAAUGAAUUAAUGAUUCUGUCUUUAUUCCCUCUUAGAGAACUGCCCGUCAGGAACAUACUUUGACUUUAACGCCGGAAGUUGCACAAAUUGCCCGUUAGAUACAUACAAUCCAUCCACCGGACAACUCGGAGAGUGUAUCGUUUGUCCGGAAAGCACUUAUACAUUGAACAACGGAAGUAAAAACAUAACUCAAUGUUUAGGUACGAAAAAGUAAAAAACACAAUACAGUCGACUCUCUCUUAACGGACACCUCUAUAAGACAGACACCUGUGUAAAACGGACACCUGGAGUUGGUCCCUGCCUUUCUUUACUCCCUCUAUUUGACUCUCUAUAAGACGGACAUCUCUCUAAGACGGACAGCUAGUGCCGGUCCCAAAGGUGUCCGUCUUAGAGAGAGUUGACUGUAUUGGAUAUAUUUUCAGCAACUGCAUAUUGUUGUCAAUACGCGGCAAUGCUGCACAUGGUAAAUGGUAAAAGGAGCUUAAGGAAGAAACAAUCAUUCAAGACGGCCAUGUUUCUUAACAAAAUAUUAAAUAUUUUGGGGCAGAAUUUAUGAUAAUAUAACUUGGUUUGAUGGAAGCAUCAACAGAAUGUUUCUUCCUCUAUCACCUCCCAUGUCAGGGGGUAAGCGGGGUACUCAUAGAAACACCUCUAAAAAAAUGGGCGAGAACCAGGCCAAUAAACCACAUCCACAAUUGCGUCGUCCCCGCGAUUCGCAUCCGGGCUACAUUUUUAGGAACCAUUGUUCUCACCACUGCACCAUCCAAGUAUCUGCAAUACAAUUGACUAUCUUUUGUCUCACUGUCUUUUGAGCUAGAAGCACUAACCGAAAAUCACCCUCGCAGUUUUCUCGGAUAGGAUGGUUUGGUGAGAAAAGUCUCACAUAGGAUAAUUCGUUCUAUUUGUUUAAAUAGCCGCCUGUCAGCCUGGAGAGUACUCGCCCACUGGUCUGGCUAACUGCUUUCCAUGCCCCAUCAAUUAUUAUCAAUCUCUUGUACGUCAAUCAACGUGCGACAGUUGUCCUGGAUCAUCAGUGACCUUAGCAGCAGGCUCCAAAUCGAUCAGUGAAUGCGGAAGUGAGUGUAUUUUAAUUGUCGUUCAAGACCACCUUAUCGAUUAAACACUUAUCUAGACUCACAAGAAAAUUAGUGUUGGUUUCUCCAGUAAGUAAUGUAGAAAUUGGGUACUGAUAUAGAAUGAUGUCGUCAGUUUUUUAGGAUUUGUUUUGUGCACAAAUAAACUAUGCGAGGCCAACAAAAUAUUAACGUGUGUUAUUUUAAUCUAUAUAAUCUUAAGCAAAUAACAUUUAUACAAGAUCGAAAUUUUUUUUGUCUUAUUUCUUAUUAAUAAGUUUCGGGUUUUCAUACCUUUGUACAUUCUUUCUGGCCUUAAGUUUACAUAUAUUUCAAUAGAAACGUGUGAAAUACCAAGAAAUUUAGUACCUGGAACCCGGAAUACACAGCGUAAAAUUAGGAAUCCAAAAGACUGUCUUGGAUUAACUUACAUGGGGAGACACAAACCUUAAUAGCCGCACAUAGAACUACAGCCGGUGAAGUGAACGAGGUGUCGCAAUCCUGUUAGUAACUAAAAAUGACUCCCUCUCUCAAACUGUUUACAUUGUCACAUAUUGUUUGUUUAUAUGUUCUAGUGCCUUGCGCUGCUGGUACAUACUCCCAGACUGGUGUUGAACCGUGUCUGCCUUGCGCCAAAGGAUACUACCAACCCGGGGUCAAACAAACUUCAUGUCUUCUCUGUGGAGCACCCAAAUCAACCUACGGAACUGGUGCUUCCUCGACGAGCCAGUGUAUCGGUAAGUGGAAGUAUCACAGCCUUGUCUCGCACCACCCAGCAAUAUAUCGAUGUGAUCGCCGGCUCGUAAUGUAGUAGUUGUGGGUACGUGAUCCAUAGAAACAGAUAAAUACACCGACGAGUUAGUGUGAUAUGAAUAACGAACGUACGAAGGAGACGCCCAAUUUUAAGUUAUACUAUGAUCUACAUCUCAGCACCUAAUCAUUAAAAAAUGGCAAAAGACCAAAGCCUCUUUAAUUUAAAAGGUGAAUUGUUGUUUGAAAGCCUGCGUACAUCCCUGACCGAUUUUUUAAUUCAUCAGGGCAAUUGACCAAUGUGAAAUUUCCCAGUUACUUAUGCGGCACUUUUCUUUGUUUGAUCUAUAGACAUUCAAGACUGCGCCUCGAAUCCAUGCAACAAUGACGCUACGUGUGUUGAAGUCGCUGAAGGCUACAAAUGCGUGUGUCAGCCAGGUUUUACAGGAACUAACUGUGAAGUGGAAGAGGAUGAAUGUGUAGCGAGCCCGUGCGCCAAGGGAGCAACAUGCGUUGACAAGGUAUAAUGGGACAAACGGGUAUAUCUGUGUUCAUUAAAUAAUCUUAUUAUUCAUUCAAAAUAUUUCCCGGAUUCUGAUUUGCUAAAAGCACACGUUUGAUUUACCAUAACCAGUUACUGAUGACCAAAUUUGCAAGGACUUGUGUUUAGCGAGAAAAUGACGUCAAAAAUGCAGCGUUCUUGCAGGUUAAUGCACCGUUAACCGAGAAGACCUGGGAACGAGGUUGAGUUGUUUUGGUUGUGAACUUGAAAAAUGGCGGACAUUUCACUCGUUUCAAGAGUAAGAACUAGGCGAAAAAUAGCUAAAAACAUGGCAAGAACAGCAAGAAGACAACUCGAAGGGCGACAUCUGCUAUUUCGGGAAUAUUUGCGGAGCUGAACAACCCUAAACGCCACUAUCGAAGAUGAACUUAACAUCGAUGGAUCGAUGGAGGUAAGCAUGUUUGAGCCAUGUUUUUAAACUAGGAAAUAUUUUGAAUGAAUAAUAAAACAAUUAUUGAAUUCGGCUUUCGUAUCAUAUGAAGAAUUAUGGAGAUCUCGGAGGGUGUUAUCCGCCUCGGCCUAUGGUCUCGACGGAUAACACCUUCCUCGAUCUCGAUAAUUCUUCAUAAGAUACUCAGCCUAAUUCAUUAAUUGUUAAUUAAUACUAAAUCAAACAUUAUCAAAGGAUACCUCUUCGUCUCCUCUUCUUUAGUAGGAAAAUCCUAAUAGGAAGAGCAAUUUUUUAAAACUAAACGAUGGAAAUGACGAGUCGGUAUUGAAAGACUUAUCUAACUCUGACCAUACCUUACGCUAGAUGUAAGAGUUUCGCUACGUAACGGUGAUAUCAUAAAUAUUAUGAAAGCAGAAGCCAGAAGCUUCUUUAUUGCAGGCCUCCCGUGUUACAGCAGUAAAACGUUACAGCUUUCCUUCACAGGAAAGAAGGGGAAAAGUGUUUGCAUGUCAAUAUUUUACAGAUACGUGCGCAUGUUUAAUAAGAAAAAAAUUAAGUGUCAUGUAACCUGCACGCAGUAGCCUUUGUUUCUUGCAGUGUGUUACGGUAAACGUGCGAAAAUGACACGAGUGCGAUAUAGCACGCGUCUGGCAAGCCAAACAAACAAAAAUACUAAAUUCAAACCGCUUAAAAACAAUAGUUAACAAAGAGGCCCGGAAUACUUAAAAUAGCUCUCAAAGGAACAUAGCGUUUAAGCAAGUCAGUAAGUUGGCAAGUGUCAGUCGUUCUAGUGUUACACACUAAUUGGAGACACUGUAUGAUAAAAAAUAUAUAUAUACUCAAUUGCAUAUCACAUCUACAAUUUCAAAAUCAAAAGAAGCUAUUGCCCGGUGACAUCAAAAACUAUUUUAAAAUAUUUUAAAAAAUAUGUAUCAACCAAUAGGCAUGCUGGUUUCUUUUUCGAACGGAAGAUUUGAUGUGCUUUGUAAAACAUAUGCAGAGACAACGUUUCAUUUUAGAGACCGUGAUUUUAUUUGGAGACAAGAUCACUAAGCCCAAACGAACCACCGAGACUCGCUAAAGCUAGUAUAUUUCAAGAAAAGAAAACGUCGCUAAAAGGAUAAUGCCAGUUUGGACGAAAAGCGAGCAUUCCCUUAUCAAGAGCAUGAAAGAUAUUUGAAGUUGAUUUUUGCCCAUUAAUAUUGCUUUUAUGACUUUGUCGUUGCCUUUCCCUUUGUCGUCACUAACGUAGUUUUAUAAGUUCCUUUCUUUAGGAUGGAUUGUGCGAUCAUUCAUCCACAAUUUUGUCGAUGAGUCGCCGAUCUUUGUUUGCUUCCUUCCAGGUGAAUGGGUAUGUUUGCCUGUGUCCAGCAGACUACACUGGUCAGCACUGUGAUGUGAAAUCGAGCACAUGUUCCAGCGGCAAGUGUGCCAGUGGUUCUACCUGUGUAAAUACACCGGAAGGGAACGACUGUGAAUGCCCUGAUGGAUACGAAGGGACGUUCUGUGAGCAACAAUCAAAUGUGAGGACGAGAAACAAACUUUAAUUAGCACAAUGUCUUUUACUAGAAUUGGUGUAUCUAUUUGAAAUUCUAUUCCACAUUCUGUUAAAACUCUCAACUUAUCUAAUUUUCGUAAAAAAAAUUAAAUCACUACUCCUUAAUUCCCCAGAUAAGGAAGAUAUCUAUUUGAAUGUUACUUAUUUAAUAGAAUAUUUUAAGAAGUUAACCUGAUAUGUUGUAUAUACUUCCAGUUAUAAUUUUAGUCCUUUUUUUUUUCUCUAAUAACAAAACCCUCGCGAUUGAGUUUGUGUUGGGGGUUUUUCUUUCUGAGUGUUGUUGUAUUUCUUUUUUUUUUUCCUUUCUUCUUAAUAUGCAAUUUAAUAACGAUUUUAGAUUGGCGCUAUAGCUAUUUGCAGGGCAUAAAGUAUUGUAAACUUUAUGGAUCUUGAAUAAAAUACAUUGUUGUUGUUGUUGUUGUUUUCGUGCCUCUCCAUGUAUUUGAUAAUUUCUUUACUUUCUUAUUUCAGGAGUGCAAAUCGUCUCCCUGCAAAAAUGGUGGCACAUGUUCGGUCGAAAACCUUUCCUUCAAAUGUACUUGCCCUACAGGGUACAGUGGUAAUCAAUGCGAAAAAAACGACAAUGGCUGUCUUCCAGACUCCUGCUUGAAUGGAGCCACUUGCACCGACACAAGCUAUGGUCAUGUUUGCAGCUGCGGGCCAGGGUAUGCCGGGGCAACGUGUGACGUCAACAUUAACGAGUGCAACAGCUCACCAUGCCAGAACAACGGGAAUUGCGUUGACCAAGUAAAUGGAUAUAAAUGCUAUUGUAAGCCUUCAUUCAAGGGAACAAAUUGCGAGACAGGUAUCUGACUGAAAAUUUCUGGUAAUUUAUUUAAAGAAAUUAAGGAGCGAUAAAAGGGACCCAGAAAUUUGAUUGGUCGUUCAAAAAAAAAAAUCUUUGAAACUGUGUUUCUGGGUAAAACGCCAUAAAAACUUAUAACCGUCAUUUUUUGCGUCUGUUCAUUUUUCUAAGUCUUAACAUAAAAAAAUAAAUUAUUUUCAUUUUGUUUCAGAGGUGUCCACUGAUUUUGACUUUGAGUUCAGUAGGUCACUUGGCCGUGGGGCAUCAAUCGUCGAGAUGCGUCAGAAUUUGACAGCUUUUACCGUUGCCUUCUGGCUAAAGGUUGCCAACACCGAAAUUGAUCCGGGAACGCCUCUUUCUUACGCUGCGGAAGUCGGAGGUAAUAUCAUUUCACUUGAAUCUAGGUCCAUAGUGUGCAAAGUUCCCAAUGCGGGAUAUAUGCACACUGGCAAUGCUAUCAGCAAUUAAUUUAAGUAAAAUAGUAGCUUUUGCUAUAUGAAGAAAUAAGAAUCUAGGUCUACGUGUUAACAAGAUGUUCUUUGUCGCUUUCUAUGUGCUUAGACGUUUCUGUAGUGGUACAGUUCUGUGGAGUGAGCUGUGGCGCGUCCACUCCAGACCAGAAUCUGUAUUCCAUGCUGUUAUCAUUUAAUGUAUUACAAGCGGUAUUUUAAGACUGUGAACAGAUCCUACACUUGUGAGUUGAUACUGUUACGGUCAAAUGGGUUCAACUUCGAUGUUGCCAACACCUGUCCUUUUUAGCCCUAUACUCCCCGCUAGACGAUCUGUUCAUUAAACUAUCGUAUCAACGGCCUUUGCUAGCUAUUAUCGAAAUCAAAGAUUUAUUACACGAACUGGGCUUGUAUUUAUAAGUAAAACCUUCAUUUCUUCAAAAUUUAUCUAAAUGAGUUAUGGGACAGACCUAAAGAUACCUUACUGUAUAUCUUACAUCUGGACCAUUAGGGAAAAUUGUGGAUAACGCUCUGGUUAUUCACGACUACAAUGGCUUUAACAUUUGGAUUAUGGGAGAAAAAGAAGCAACUAAUGUACCAGCAAAUGACGGCAAAUGGCAUCACAUGGCUUUCACUUGGCAGAGUUCAUCAGGUGCAUGGAAAGUGUACAAAGAUGGAAGUAACGUCAAGCAGAGCACUACCGCGUUUCAAGCAGGACAAGUAAGUACUAUUGGUUACUUUUGCAUCAGCUGUUAUUAGUUUUCAAGAGUCUCUUGUAACUUAGUGGACUGAUAACGAGAAUGUCAUAGGUUAAACUGCUGUUGGGGAAACUUUGGGUAAGUUUUUGUUUUACAGGCAGGGGCGGAUCCAGGGGGUGGGGGGUAGACAGCCCACCCCCACAGUAAAAAACAAACGGAAAUACGGUGGGUCCCCAAAAAUAUAGGAACACGUGCAAUCGCCAUACAUGUUAAUGCAGAACCAUCGAAAGAAGUGUAGAUUGUGAGAAAUUUGUGGCACUUCACCCUAGACGAAUGACGCCGUCCUCGCUUUUGGCCAACUAGGUUAGUAAGGUAUUUCUGUUAGCUUCUAUUUUUCUAUUUUGUGGCUUUCAAGAGUUUGCAGUUAUACAGUCUCCAAUAGUCCAGUUUCAAAUUAAAAAUUACCGCUGAAUAUAAACAUUAACGACGCAUUCAUACAGGGUUAGCCUCGGCGUAAACUAAAAUAUUCAGAAAUUCUGGCAAGUAAGGGUUUGAGAUUUGAAUAUACACAAUAGACAGAGUAAUAGACAGGUCUUUUUCUCGUUGGAAUUUGUGGACAUAUUACAUCAGAUUGAGGCUAAGGGUGUAAAAAAUGCGUCUUCACUUCUGUAAUUUAGCGGUCAUAGCGAACUCGAAAAGGGACUAUUCGUCCUUUCUAAAUUGCCAUGUUUUGGGACAAACGUAGGACAACUUAAAAUAAAGUAAACGUGUAGUUUUUUGGCCAAUUGGUAUCAGCCAACCGUCCCCCCCCCCCCCCCCCCCCCCCCCCCCCCAAAAAUCCUUUUUCCCCAAAAAAAAAAAAAAAAAACAAAAAAACACCCCCCCCCCCCCCCCCCCCCCAUUUACAAAAAAACAUAUUGUUUUUUUGUAUCAUACACGAGGGGGGGUGGGGGGGGUGUGUUUUUUUUUUAUUUUUUUGUGACGUCUAUGAGAUCGAGUUAUCGACCACAAAAAGAAAUCCCCCCCCCCCCCCCCCCUCCCACUCCAUUGAAAAUUCCUGGAUCCAGAAAAAGAAGAAACCAAAGCAACAUCAUGCUCGCUCAUCCUCACCCUAUUCAUGUACGAAGCAUGUAAUUGGUUUGUUACACUAGAGCAGGGUGAAGUGUAGGCGGCUUUGAAUUCAGAUUAGUUUCAGGAAACCGUUAAAGGUUCCAGUUGCCAGAAACAAAAACACGGGAUUUUAAGUCUUAAAACUAAAUUCUUUCUAUCUUACAUUCAAAUUCUCUUUAGGUAAUUUCAGCAAAUGGUUUCUUUGUGCUUGGACAAGAACAGGACGAAGUAGCUGCAAACUUCAGUGCAAAUGAAGCUUUCAUAGGCCAUAUGACUCAGAUGAAUGUGUGGGAUUACGAGCUCCCUGCGAGCGACCUUGCAGAUAUGGCCAGGCAUGCUAAUAACUUUAUUGGAAAUGUCGUUGCUUGGUCUGAUUUCUACGAUCCUGCAGAUCAGGGUAUCAAGAAAGUUUCCCCUUCUGUAGCUCGAACAGGUGAGAUAACAAAACUUAAAGGAGUUGUUUUAUAAAAACAAUAGACCACACUUUCUAUAGGUUUACCGGCGAGAUAACACACGCGGGAUGUUAGGAGAACACAAGAAAAGCUUGUAAAUCACGAGCCGAAGGCGAGUGAUUUACCAGCUUUUCUCGUGUUCUCCCAUCAUCCAGCGUGUGUUGUCAUGCCGGUAAACCCAUAGAAAGUGUGGUCUAUUGCUUAAAUAACUCGACGCCCCCGGUAUGACCGCUGCCAAAUUUCACGAGACAAAUUUACACAGAGGUAGUGACCUCAAAUAUAAGUCAGGCCUUAAUCUGGGGGCUCAAUUCUGGAACAGAUAAGUUAUGUAUAAGAUCGUUUCUACCUUUAUUCCUUUAUCUGGUUUCUUUUCAGAAAACAAGUGCUGGACCAACUGGAUCAACAACGAUUCACCGUUAACUGGUGACGGGGAUACUGAAACCAGCUCUAGCGCAUGCGCUAGUCCAACUUCCUUCGCCUGUCAGACAGUUGAUGGGCUAUCAAUGCCUGACGUUGAGCUUAAUAAGACCACGUGCUCAAGUAGCGGAAUCACGUGCUUGAAUAGUGACCAGAGAGCGGAUCGAAGUUGCCCAGAUUUCAAAGUUCGUUACGUCUGCACCUGCCCAUGUAAGCUAGAAAUCCCUUUACUGGUAUUGUUUAUACGCGCAUCUAUGGUCUGUAUCAUUAUGUAAAUCAUUCUAUUUUCUCUUUUUUUUUUCUUUUUUCACGUGCAAAGGUGGAAACUAGCUUCUUGCAAUUCCGUCAUUUGUUUAGGCCUAAGCCAGACGACAAACUUUUCAGGAGACGAAAGAAACUCUUUGGAUCCACCUAAAUUAUGUUAAGAGCAUCUGUUGGGCCAGACAUCGAACUCAGGACGCGUCGAACCAUUCAACCUAAUCAGACCAAAAAGCAAUUUUUGUAAUUUUCUUUCCCGAACGAGGCUAAAUAUAGUUUUCAUACAAAUUGAUAAUUACUAGCUGAGUUUGUCGCAUUUGAAGAUCGACGUUCUGUCCAGAAGACGAUCUUCAGACGUUCUGUCCGUCUGAAGCAGAUGGAUAGAAUGGGUUGGACUAUCCAAAAUCAUUCAGACUAACUCAACUGAGCCACACGUCGAACUAACUAAGUUUGGUUCCUCUGAUGAAAAGAUCGACGCUUGGCCUAGGCCUUAGACUGAUCACCUCUUUAAAUGAUUUCUGUGCAAAAUGUUAAAAUUUUGCUUGAGACGGAGUUUGACUAAGACUAGGAUUCCCCUAAUCUGAGCCCCUUUUUUGAAUCCUCCUCCUCCUCUCGACCCUUUUUGAACUGAAUAAUACGAGGCAUUCGCAAAACUUGCAUAUAAAUUUAAUGUAUGACUUACGUUCACAGCGAACACUGCUUGUGCUUCAAACCCAUGUGGAGCCCAUGGAACAUGUGAAGCUCUACCAGUUGGAUACCAGUGUAAAUGUAAUGCCGGAUACGAAGGAAGACACUGUGAAACAGGUGCAUUAGAUAGUUAAGAAGUUUGUUGAAUGUUAAAACUCUAUCGAAACCAAAGAAGUAACGUUUGAGUUAAAAAAAUAUAUAUAUGACAGGCAGGUUUUUAAGCCUCCACAAAAAAAAGCCAUACACUUGCGUUGAUUCUCGAUGUAUAAGGAAGCCUUACAAAAACAUUGAUCCCAAGCUUUAGGCAACAAAGCAUUCUUUUUUUAUUUCUAGUUAAGUUAACAAAGACUCAAGCGAGGGAGAGCUGGGAGGAUAAUUUUGUAACUUCAUCUAUCCGCAUUAUUAAAGCAAGCACUUUGAACUAACCGCCAUAGCUUAGAUACCUAAUCAGUAUUUUUGGAAUGGCUAACAACUGUAUCCACAUUUAUCAGUGCGACGCCAAGGGCUAUGAUCAGUAAUAAAAGUUAUUGCACUUAUCGCAGAGCACCAUGAGUAAGAAAAUUUGGUUAUCUAUGCAUCCGAGACAUUUUGGCAGCCACGUGGCAAAACGCCCGUCAUUCCGCACCACAGGGUACCCAAAGUGAAAUGACCUUUUUUACUCUGUGUGUAGUCUGCAACCUGUGUUUAACUUGAUGACAGACGUCCAUGUUAUGGUCAUCUUCGCCACCUGCACUUUUAGAGAGAAAAAACAACAACAAAGCCGGGUCAUUUUUUCGACUAAAUUUACUGUUUACGCUGACGUGGAUAACAGAGAAAGAGCUAGAACGAGAGAUUAAAAAACAAGGAGACGAAUUUUGUUAGAAACACAACACUAAAAAUUUAAAGCGGUGGUAAGAAAAUGAGAAAUGUUAGUGGCCAGUAAGGUGAAAAUUAGCCGCAGUGGAAAGGAAAUCAAACAGCCAAAACCAAAAAAACAAUUUUUCUUUGUGAAAACAUACAUUUCCUCCAUAAAACGUGAAACUAGAAAGUUUUAGGUUCCAGUCGUGCAACAACAACGGCAAAGAAAUGUACAAAAAAGUGUGCUGCACGUGUAAAGUUGCUUUUUAUGCUAAUUAGACCUCUUUUUAUUAUUAUUUUUCCCCUUCUCGUUACCCUCGCGUUUGGCAAUACACGAUUUUAUUUUUAUGUAAGUAAAUUAUUCGUAAAGUAUGGCUAAAUCUUUAGAUUUCAUAUAUUUUGCUUCCAUACGAUUCUUACUUUUUAGCCUAAGAAAACAGCCGACACUUGGCGACCCUACCACUUGUUUUCCCGCCAAAUGAUGUCUGAGAAACGAGCGCAGAAAUCCCAUACUGAUGACGCGUCACUACCCAGAUCUGGGUAGUGCUUCUGAUUGGUCGUGCCGCCUGGUAAAUUUGCUUCAACUAAUCAGAGGCACGACCCAGAUCUGGGUAGUGCUUCUGAUUGAUCGUGCCGCCUGGUAAAUUUGCUUCAACUAAUCAGAGGCACGACCCAGAUCUGGGUAGUGCUUCUGAUUGGCCGUGCCGCCUGGUAAAUUUGCUUCAACUAAUCAGAGGCACGACCCAGAUCUGGGUGGUUUCGGGUCAUCAGUAAGGAAUUUCUGCGCUCGUUUCUCAGACUUCAUUUGGCGGGGAAACCAGCAGUAGCGUCGCCAAAUGUCUGCUGUUUUUUCAGGCUAUACGAUUCUGCACUACAUUCCACAUUUUUUUCUUCUUUAACUUAGAAUCGACAAGAAAGGUAAAUUAACUUCCCAAAUAGAUUAAAAGUUUUCGUUUCCGUCUAACUUAUAGACCUAUUCGGCUAACUAAAUGUUGUAUCCAAUUCAAACCCUUUGGGGAUAAAACGUUUUGUUUCAGGAAUUUCCAUAUCAUUUAAAUGUGAAUGCAACAUUAUAAUGCAAAUACAGUACACAAAGAAUCUUGACCCCGGGAGAUUUGAAUUGGGUACAACAUUGAGUUAGCCGAAUAGGUCUAUUAAAGAGAAGGAAUUCUGGAAGUUUUUGUGCAAACAUUUUCACUUAAUUUUACACCACAGCUGUGAAGUGCCCAUGUACUGGUAAGAUAGCUAAUGGUCAUCAUAGUGGAAGCCGUUCGCAUGGAGGAACAAUGACAAUUACAUGCAAUGCUGGAUUUAGGGCAAGCGGAACGGCAACACUGAAUUGUGUUAAUGGAAAAUAUGACGCAGCAGUCCCGCAAUGCAUCGGUAAGCACCGUUCUAUCAGUCUUUAUAAACCCUCCCCCACUUCAAAUAGUAAUGUCACUCUUCAGCCUAGUAUACGUCUCGUUCUUCAUUUUAUUUAUAUUUUUUCCAUGCUAGUACUGGAAAUAGAUUAGAAUAUUAAGAAAUGAUCGGUUGUGAAAUGUGGGCUUCAUUACGUUUGGUUAUUUUUAAAAAGCCGAAAUUUUCCGGCAUGCUAAACAGUAUCAGCUCUAUCACUAUGGGCCAUGUUCACGAUGACUUCAUUUGACUACAACUGAAAAUACACAUUAUUUUCUAUUUGCUCAUUUAAAUUUGUUAACCUCGCUAAGUUUUGUUUUAAAGCUUCAAUUUUCACUUAAAAGCAAAGGAUUCUUGUAGUUUUAGUGAAUUGACGUCAUCGUACAAUUAUUCUUGGCACCUGUUGCAUCAUCAUUCUUUUUUAGUACCAUCCAGGGUAGGCAAAGUUUGGUUUCUUUUUUGUUAGUUUGUCUUCCCGGCAUCCUUUCACGGUUAAUAACAUUAACUUCUAAGUUUUGAACGAAGUUAUUCUUCACCGACCUUCACCCCCAGACGUAGCAAAAUUAAGUUUAUUGGCAAUUCAAGGGUUUUUUGUUUGACUUCUAGAUGUUGACGAGUGUACUGAAGGGACCUCAGGAUGUGCACAAGGCUGCGUAAACACAUACGGUAGUUUUAAAUGCACGUGCAAUUCAGGGUAUUCACUGAAUGCAGACGGAAAAACAUGCGCAGGUAGGUGUCCAAGUUCCAAAGGCCUUCAUUUCCAAAUUAAGGGCGAUAGUAUAAAAAUGCGGUUUAUAGGCUUGAACUGUCCUUAAAAUGAGGUGUUUUUUUUUUCAGAUAUCAACGAAUGUUCCCUCAACAACGGAAACUGUCAGCAAAGUUGUCACAACAGUGAUGGCAGCUACCGUUGUACCUGCUCAUCGGGAUACGCGCUUUCGUCCGACGGUGUCUCGUGUGAAGGUAAGGUGUUUCAUUAAAGUAAAACAUAGGAAAUGAUAUGACAUAAUUACAUUAUUUGAAGCAAAGGGAGUUUUGUAGAGAAAAAGGAAAAGAAUAAGAACACAUUUAGAAACGAGUCUGCUGUGGUGUAGUGCUACUGGAGAGCCUGAAAGAGACCUUAAAUACAGGCUAUCAAAAAGUCGCAAACUACUGCUUAACAUUUUAAGAGAAGUUUUGUAAGCAUUUGUAAAAACACGGAACGAUUAUAUCAAAAAAGUAGACUUAGACCUUAAACAGUUCUUUUUAUUUAUUUAUUUAUUUAUUUAUUAAUCUAUUUACUUUAACAGACGAUAAUGAGUGCUCUACUAACGGAGGAUUAGGACCCUGUGAACAUAUUUGCGUCAACUCCUAUCUAAGUUAUCAGUGUCUCUGUAACGCUGGAUACACGCUGAAUGGUGACGGAAAAACUUGCGCAGGUGAGUUAUUCAAUAUGAACAAGGAGUCCAGAAGCGCUUACUUGCUGUCGAGAGUUAGCGAAAGAGCGCAGUCACUUUUCUUUUAAAAGGAAAAAAUCCAAAUUUUGUAAAAUGCCAGAUCCGAGACAUGUGCAUAACUAAAGGUUAUAUUUUAGAUAAAAUGCUUAUGGGAAGGUCUACACGAAUUAAUACCCAGCGCACAGCGGCUAUUCAUUGUUUAGGUUUAUUUUCUUGUUACGAAAGAACAGUUUUAUCCCCUGAAUUAGAGCUUUUAUUCAAAUGAUAUUUCUUUGUUUCAUCAAAAUGCAAAUCAAUUGCAACAAAUUGCCAUAUGCAUAAGACCUUUCAAGAAUCCAAUAUUUUAUCAGCUAAUCUUGAGAUCGGGUCUGUAAAUCACAGACCGAGCCUCCUGCCCCUAUCUAGGACCUGAACGCUAGCCAGGGGCAGGGUAUUAAAAUAUGUGUAUGAUAGGCGUUGGACAAAGGAUAUACUAUUUUAAGAAUUUAUGAUUUCGAUUAUGAUUAUGAUUAUUACUAUGAUUAGAGUGAUUUUACUUAACCCGCGAAAUAUGUAGUAGAAUAUUACGCACUAUUAUGCACUAAUUAUAUUGUCUUUUUACGUUUAUUUGUAGCUAUCUUGCGCUAGUUUUUAUUAUCUGUUUCAUGGUUCAAGUAAUUUCACUCUGUAACUGAUUAUGAUUAUGAUUAUUAGUACUGCUAUUGUUAGUAGUAAUAUUAUUGGAGCAAGCAAAUAAAAGCGUAAAUGAAGAAGUUUACAGUUUAAAAUCAACAGCUUAACUAAAUUUUGAUAGACUUUUGUCAAGAAAAACGUGUUUGUAGCCACCAAAUUGAAGACAAGGGAUAAAAUUCUUCAGCAAGUCAUGAUCCGAAAUUUGGCCAAUUAUAUACCAGACUAGCUCAGCGACAUGAUAAAACAGAAGUUAACUGCAUUAACUCUCUCUGAAUCAUGCAUCCUUUUCCUUUUUUCUUUUUUUUUUUUUCAAAAACAGCGAAUUCGUGUCCAGCGAUAUCAAGUUUUGCAAAUGGAGCUCUUGAUCCUGCCAGCCCAGCAACGACUACUGGUAGUACGGUACGAUUCUCGUGUAACCAAGGUUACAUCCUCAGGGGAGCUUCCACAAGAACCUGCUUGGCUGAUAACACGUGGUCUGGCAGCGCACCUCGUUGUGAUGGUGAGGUUUACGAAAUUAUUGCAGACAACUAACGAUGCUGUUGUAUUGUUUUUUCGAAGGUGUGCAGAGAUUGAGGCAGUUUCCUAAAAAAAAUAAACAUUUAUAGAAAAACUUGUAAAUAAAGAAUGGUAUUCGGGGUGGUUUCGUUGAAUUUAUGUUGCAAGAGAGAACGAAAGAAUAAGUGUGAGUGAGUGAGAGGGUGAGUGAGUGAGUGAGUGAGUGAGUGAGUGAGUGAGUGAGUGAGUGAGUGAGUGAGUGAGUGAGUGAGUGAGUGAGCGAAUGAGCGAAUGAAUUAUUGAGCGAGCGAGCUGACUUUUUAUUGUUAUUAUUUUUUUCUUUGGUUAGUGGUAAAAUGCAUCAUAUCUGGUGAACUGCAGGACGGCACAAAAACCACAACUGCUAGCAACAAUUACAAUUCAGUCGUCUCCUAUGCGUGCAACUCAGGAUUCAGAUUAGUUGGAUCGGCAACACGAACAUGCCAGGCCGACGGAACAUGGAGCGGAGAACAUCCUCGCUGUAUAGGUAUGAAACAUCGGGUGAAAGAAUGCUCGUCGGAAGAAUUAAAAUGCAGAUUUUUCAAAGACAAUACAACGUCAAGUGAGAACUCAAAGGACACGGAAGGAAACUAAUGCGACUUAUGGUGCUCAAUUCGCCUCUCUGACAUUGGUCAAUCCGAUUUUAAGGGCUGCCCGAGCCGUCGUCGUUGUCGUCAGCUGUUUCUGCUGAAUCUGGUUAAUAUUAGAAUCGUUACGUCCGGGAAGUUGGGAUAAAUCUAGCCAAAGUCAACCUCUCUGAAUGUAAACCUGGAAAUUUGGCAAAAAAAUAUAGGCCUCCUACAAUUAGCCUUACUGAAUAAUGAGGAGCCCUUUAAAACCAUAGGCCCUGGGGCUUAUUUUCGACGUUUUGAAAAACGGGAGUAAGUUAGUAGAUAAAAACGUCCUUGUGACAAGAUAUAGAAUCGUUAGCAAAGCCAGCUAGUGAGAAAUUGCCACUUAAGGUGAACGGACUUCCAGCCUUAUCCACGACUGCUACUAAGGCAAAGCCAAGUUCACCAAACGACAAAAUAACCCCGGUUGUUAAUUACCGACAGCUGGGAAGUAAAUAGAAUUUCCAAAUAUAAUUUCGGUACUCCGUGUAACGCUCAUUUGUGCAGCAACUUCACAAGUAAUAAUGAAAUAAAAAGAACAUAACUCUUCACGAUCGACUGACGUUACCAGCCUGUCGUGCAGCUGGACAUGUUGAAAAUUACUAUCAUGUUUGAGAAGUAUUGGGACAAAUUUGCAUAUUGCGGCACUUUUUAACAACCCUGAAAAGAACAAUUCCACGCAAAUGAACUUAAUUUGCCUUCAACAUCGUAUGUUUCUGAGCUAUAUACAAUGUUGAAUCAAUAUUUUACAGAAACCUGGGAUCGAAUCUACUGCAAUUUUGAAAAAUAUAGCACUGCUUUCUAAAGGCUUCCUAAGGUAACAUGGUCACUGCCCCAAGAUGUUAGUGCACUAUAUACAGCUAUUUCGAGAAAGGUUGUCAGAAAAAGUGCACGCGACAAUCCCGAAAGGCAUUGUGGGUGGUUUGAGUUCACUGUUCUUCAGAGAAAUUUGAAAGAAGUGGCACGAAAGGCCAUGGAAAUGUGUUUGUGAGUGCUAAAGGAAAGCAACAAAAGUAGCUUCGACAGCUACAGUGGCCAGGAAUAGUGUAUCGAUCAUAUCCAAUAUUACCUUUCGGGAUUGUCGCGUGCACAUUUUUUCCAACAACCUUUCUCAAAAUAGCUGUAACCGGCUUUGUACACUGCCUAAGUCACAGACCUGUAAGAUUUGAUUUUCUUUUUGUCCCAGUUAGCUAAACCUAGAGAAUUAUUUAUUUUAUUUUAUUUUAUUUUUUUUUUUUUUUGCUUAUUCUUUUCUCUUUGCUUUUUUUAUAGCUGCUGACUGCCCUGAGCCCUCAGUCCCAUCCAAUGGUCAACUGAUUGGACUCCAGCGGAAAAAUGGUGACACCAUUCGAUAUGAAUGUGAUGUUGGUUACAAGUUGGUUGGGCAGUCUUAUGCAAUUUGUGAGAGUGGGGCCUGGAACUCGCCAACCCCUUCUUGUACCCGUAAGUAAAAGCUCUCAUUAGAGAGCUUAAACAAAGGCGUUUUUGAGCGACACACGUCAGUCAGAAGGCACUUUUCUUUUUUAUAUGCCUUGAAGCCUACAAAUGUAAAUUGCUAAGUAGCUUGAAGAGACGACUGCCACCCCCGCACCCCCCCCCCCUAAAAAAAACGUCUGCCCAAAAAAGCAAAAAAUUCCCCUGCGUCACCCACGCCCCAUCAGUUUUUUUUUUUUUUUGUUUUCGGAUUUGAAUUUAUUUUUUUAAAAGGCACCUGGGUUUCUGUUCAUUGUCAAAAAGUUACCAAGGUUCUUGAAAUCAGUUCGUUUUUUUAAAAGCCUGCUUGAAGCUGGCACUUUGUUGCUUUACAUUGGCAAAAAAGUACCAAAGGUCUGGGAAGUAGUUCGUUUAUUUAAAACCCCUCUUGAAGCCCAUAAGCAAAUAGGGGGAGGAUACCGUAAAAUUCCCAAAAAAAGCCCCCCUUUUUUAAAGGCCCCCCCAAAUAUACCCCCCCCCCCCCAAAAAAAAAAACCUCCGUUAAAUCGCCCGUCCAAACAUAGGCCUCCCGGGGGCUUGUACUUGGAAAAUUGCCCUCAGAUACAAAGUAAAACAAAGCAAAAACGGUAAAUUUACUUCCAACUAUAAGGCUAGCCCAAUCGCUUUCGAAACGCAAAUUUCCCUCCGUAUAUAAGCCCCUCCAAAAAUAAACCCCUCAAAAAAGGCCUUUGAAAAAAAAUAUAAGCCACGGGGCUUAUUUCGGAAUUUUACGGUAUAUAAAACGACAGGCAACUUAGAGACGGUUUUUUCCUUGUUUUAAAAUGUUGUAAAGAAAAAAGUGGCGACCGUGGAAAACGUAAUGAAAUUAAUAAUCCAUCUCAACUACUCUCAGGCCUUUGAUAAUUGCCUAGUCAAAAAAGUGGAUGUCUUAAUGGCUUACUGAAAUGUGUUUUAUUUUUUUUUAUUUUUUUCUAGUGGUAAAUUGCGGUGCCCCUCCAGCAGUACCUAACGGCAUAAUCCACGGUACAGACUACUCUUACAACGCCAAGGUAACCUAUUCUUGUGUUGCCUCAAACUUUAAGUUGUCAGGUUCACAGGAGAGAACUUGUCAGGCAGAUGAGUUAUGGAGUGGAACACAACCUGCUUGUCUGGGUAAGUUCUAAGUGCUUGUAAAAAGUUGAUCUAUUCACCAAUAUACAUUUUGCCGAAAAGCAUCGUUUAAAAAAGCUGUUCGAACCACUUUCUGAGAAAUUGUAAAAACAACAGCUAACACUGCCCAACAAAUUGUUCACAGUCUAUUACUAAUCUAUCUUUGCAGGGGCACCCAACGGGAAAUUUUGAGAAAAAGACCUAAAAACAACAACAAAGCGUGAAUAAAGUCAGUCUGAGACUAUUUUAAGCAUUUUGGGAGAUUGCUGGAAAAAAAUUAUCUGUUCCUCACUCCCAGCAAGACUGAUGGAAGAGUUCCCAGCCAGCAACCUUACAACCUGCAACCUGACUUACUGGGAAGUGUCACAGCGCACAAUUCAGAUCUUGAGUGGUAAAUAACCCAUACAAGUAACCCGUAGCAGCUAUUCUAGACUUCAAAUCCCCUCUAACACGCUGAAUUAUCUUUUUCCCAGCGAUACUUUCCUUCCAAGGACUAUUAUUUCUUCCACAUCUCCCAGCCAGCAAAAAUGUGCCUGAAGAACAGAUAUUUUGAGGAACAGAUCCAUUGGGUGCCCCUGUCUUUGCUUUUCAAAGCAUGCAUGAAUUCCACACUUUAAGAGUUUGGGCGUGGGCAGCAAACGAAAUUUUCGUUCUUCGCCUUUAACCUUGCGUUUUCUUUCCUACCCGCUUCUUUCGCUUUUCUUGAACCCUUUAUUAUUAUUAUUAUUAUUAUUAUUAUUAUUAUUAUUAUUAUUAUUAUUAUUAUUGCUGGGCAUUUGCCAGGCGUCCUGACUUCGGUGAGAAACGUUUUCACACAGCUAGAGGCUCGUAAAAUUACUGACUUUUAGCAAUUAAAGUGGAUCAAGAUUUUCAUUGGAUUAUAUUCCAUCAAAGAGGCAUGAUUUUUAUGCCUUUUACUCUCGAUGUAAUUGAACCGAAAUCAUUUUGGUAUGGUUUGAAUGUCCUCUUUCUCCUUCAAAAGUCAGGUGUUUAAGUUACUGGGAUUCACCUUUGAGAGUUUGCAUGCUCCAUUCUUUAGUUUUAUUGUUGCAUUUUUGUCCUACCGUUUUUUUUUUGUACCAUAAUAUAUGCAACCUGCCUAACGGUUGUUUUGAAUUUUUCGUAUAGAUUAGUGACAAACAAGGCAGCUGUAAAAUCUGCAUGAGUUCUCAAAAAGUAAUAUUUUGAAUCUUGUUUGUCGUUUUAUUGGCAGAGAACUCCUGCGGUAACCCUGGUACACCUACCGACGGACAGAAGAUUGGCGAGAACUAUCAAUAUGGUGACGUAGUUACCUUUACCUGUAAUGAAGGUUACAAUCUUGUUGGAUCCAGCUCCAGAACAUGCAAAACAGACAAUAACUGGGAUGGAACACAACCAACCUGCCAAAGUACGUAUAUUUCAUUGACUGAAGUAGUUUUUGCAUAAUUGUUUACGCAUAUCCUGCACAGUUUAGACAGAUACGAAUCUGCGUGUGCUGUAAACCUUAGUACGUGUAAGUGGCCCAGGAACCUCAAGAAAACUGAGAGGGACUGAGACGAGUGUGAAGUGGAAAGCUUUAUUUAGGUUACGUUUGUUAAGAAUGUAACAUACAUGAGUGCUUUUACAAACGACAGCCACCAGUAGCACUCAAAUUUCCUGCAUCGCGUGCUGAUUCUUUGGUAGGCUUAGGAAGUGAGCGUAAUUGUAAAAACUGUUGAAUUUUUGAAAAAGGUAUGACUGAUCUUCUGUAAGCCGUCGAAAUUCGCUCGUCUUUCUCGAGCUCACAGAAUUACUUCUGGAUUUAUUAGCAAAAUUCGUUAACCUGUCAAUAAGCCAAAUUGGCUUACCUUGCGGCAAGAGCUAUUCAUUUGUCGAUAACUCUCAAACACAUUGAUAAUUUCAUUUCUUUUUUCAGCUUGUGGCGAGAUGCCUUAAAAACAACAAGUGUUAAUGAAAUACAAAUCACCGAUCAGUGCCCGUCAACCGGCCAAAGUGAUAUUAUUAACUGUUUCCUUUGUUAUCAUUUUGUAGUUAUCAAUUGUGGUGACCCUGGUACUCCUGCCAAUGGAGAGAGAGUAGGAUCUGAAUUUACCUACGGCAAGACUAUAAUUUACGACUGCGACCCAGGCUACCAGCUGUCGGGUUCCAGAACUCGAACAUGUCAGCUGGAUGGAUCAUGGUCUGGUUCAGUUGCCUCUUGUACUGGUAAGUUAAUUGCGUAGGAACUGAAGCAUUACCUUUUACAGAGAUACUCAAUUCUUUCAACGUCAGUGACAUACGUUUUAGGAAUGUUGAUCCACGAGUAUUGGAGCUCUAAUUGUCCAAACAGCCAGAACUUGUUGAACGGAAUAUAGCCUAUUUCAACAUUCAAAGCGGCAUGAACUUUUCAGUUUUGUUAAACAGAGCUGCCAAAUUUGUAUAUCUUUUUUUUUUUUAUAUUUUCUUUUUUGUUUUUUAUGUAUCAGUUGCCAUAAUCAUCGCGUCCUCUUUAUAUCAGUAAUGUCAGUCUUUGAUUGUUGGGAUCACUAAAUGCAAAAUGUAGGGCCAUCCCAGCAACAAAAUACGUUUUCUAUCUUCUGAAGACCGAUUAAUUUUUUUCCCUUGGACACCGCUGAUAGAACUAAUUUCAAUGGCUUCCGUUUUGCUGUCCCUUGAGCAACAUACCAUACCACAGUUCCGUCGCUGCUUACUCUUUAAUCCUUGUGAUCUCACUUUUUCAAAAAUAAAAUUACUACGCAGUUGCGUCCUGCGGUGCCAGCCUUGUUGGUCCUUCAGGAAGCUUUGGCUCACCAAACAACCCCAACAGUUAUCCAGACAAUGCUUACUGUCGUUGGAAGAUAAGCGUACCCGCUGACAAGAAAGUCUUGGUAACGUUCAAUUCAUUCAAGACGCAGAAGGGUAACGAUGUGGUCGAGAUUUACGACGGUUCAUCGAAACAACUUAUAACAACUCUCUCUGGAGUUUACAGCAGUGCUGUGGCAUUUGCAUCUGAGAGCAAUUCUAUCGACAUACGGUUUAUCUCCGACUCUAGUGAAAACUCUGAGGGAUUUUCCGCUUCUUACCAGCAAGUCAGUAAGUAAAAAUCAAAUUCCGAUUGACAGUUCUCACAAAAGUACUUAGAGUUUACAUCCCGUGCGCAGAUUUUGGUGAAUCCCGUUUCUCGGGUUGCAGUCAAAUCCCGUAUACCGUGCGUUAACGUUUUCCGAAUCCCGCAUUGUAUUUUGGUCACAUCCCGUAUCCCGCUAAUACCUUUCCAGACCCGGAGUACUUUAAGUGACUUUCAGAUGUCAUGAUAAUCCAAGUAGAACCAACUGUAUGUUAACCCAUGAUCUUGAUGGUAAACUUUAAACGUGUAAAAUCAUAUAGCCAUGCGUACGUUUAUUUUCUUUUUGCCAAAAAUUCAACGCUAGGAUAUCCAGGGGCCCGUUUCUCGAAAGUUCCGAUAAUUAACGGGCCCGGUAAGCUGUCUCCGUUUACAUUAAAGAUCGAGGUUUCAAUGGUUUUGCAUCUAACACGAUAAAACUGUCAGUCAAUGAAACAAAAUGAAGUAGUUUUGCUAGCCAGGACCCGCGCUCUUUUUCUUUACAUUUCGAUUUGAAUAUUUGUUUUCGGGCCCAUAAAGUUACCGGGACUUUCGAGAAACGGGCCCCAGGUGAGUAACAUUUUAAAUAGUGUAUUUCAUUUCUUACAACGUUGAAUCAUAGUUAGUAGAGGAGACUGGUUAUGAAAGCCGACAAACAUCACAGUUGAAAACAACGGUGCUGUAGUUUAUGUUGGAAGCUCCCUGACCGUGCACAAUCCUUUGUUUUUUGUUCACAAGUUGCGAUGUCUAUUGGUCAGUAAGUUCAAAAGAUAGGAAUGCUGUUGAACGUUGUGUACGGUCAGGUCCAAAAAAGCUAAAACAAAACAUAAAACAAAGGAGUCUAACGGGUUUCAUUGCCAUUCCCCUUUAAUAAACAUGGUUGAAUAUGAAUAUGAAUUUUUGAAUCGACAAGAACCUAGUAUAUUUUUGACCACAACUGUGUUGAAAACAACUGUUCCUCUGUUGUCUUAUUUUCUUGCAUGAGCCAAGUCAUUUUAAAAAUGUGAAACUGUAUGAUCCAAGUUGAUUUGGCUCAGCUGAUUCGAUUAUAGUUGGGCCUUUCUAGUACUGCUGGCAUUCUAGGUCUGUUCUGUCCUAAAAACUUGCAAUUCAAGGUACAGGAAUGUGGAUCUCACGGGCGGUGCUCUAGAACGUUUUAAAAGACCAUACCUUACUUCAUAAUCUGUGCCAUUCUAACUUAUGACAGCCCUUCUUUGAUAGGCAUACUUAUAUUUUGCAAAUCAUGAAUCACGCUGGGAAAAAAGAGUGCUAAAAAUCGGCCAAAUUUUUUCCAAAAUAUUCUUUUAAAAUAUGCGUGGAAUGUUACCAAUAUCUCUUACAUUGUAGAAGACAAUGAGUUGAGACUUUUACAAUUGUAUUUUGCUCAAGUUAUUGUGUCAAAUUCUUCAUUUUUUGGAUUAGUACUGCGCAUCACCAAAAGGCUCAUUUUGUGACGUCAUCAGUUGUGACGUCACAAAAAUGAAAUUUGAGAAUUCAAAUCAGACACGUUCUUCAAUUCUGUAUGCUUUGUAUUUCUGCAAAGUAUCACAGUUUCAGGUUCCAAACUUUUGAAGGAGAAACUUUUGGAAGUUUUGAUUUUUUAAUUGGCCACCAGAGAGUCACGUGACUGGUAACCAUAGAAACACUUAAUCCAAAAUAUUGCUGGAAUCAAGUUUUGUUCCUUGUAUCAAUUUCAAAAACAUGCCUUUAAAGGAAACAAAGUUAUAGCCCCUAGAAUUCCAAAAAUGUUUGUGCCUAUCACGCCCCCACUGAAUCUGUUGGCCGCUCAGCUUGAAAAAAAAAAAGAAAACAGCGUGAAUUUGGUAUUUGUUAUCAUUUGCAGUGGAUUUUGCUUAGUAUGGAUACCUUCUUGACUCUUUCCUAGCACACAGUUCAGUUAUUACCCCUUUUUUUUGUUCUUGUUGUUUGUUUGUUUUCCACAAAAGUCAAUGUCAAUGUCAAAAACCCUGAAAAUUGUGAUAACAGCUUCUUCCCGUCGAUCUUUGAAGAUUUUAUGUGCCGUGGAAUAUUAACAUUUCACUGAAAUUCCUUUCCCUAGACAUCGAAACGUAAGAAAGAAGGAUACAUUAUCAGUCAUAAACAUACCAUUAGCGAAGCUUAUUGUCAUUUCGCCCCAUCAAAGGGAAUCUGAAUUCCAGGAACCGGUAAAUUUUUGCUGGUGGAAUCCGGAAUCCGGGAAAUUUUGCUCCUGGAAUCCGGAUUCCUGCUUUUGCUUUGGAAUUCACAAUACAGUUCAAAGGAUCCGGAAUUCCACUAGAGACUGGAAUUCGGAAUCCAAGUUUCACUGUCUGAGAAUCUGGAAUCCAGUACCUGGAAUCCGGAAUUUACAGCGUGGAAUCCAGUAUGCAAGACUGUCUUGGAGAGCGAAUCAUUAAUUGGUCUAAAUAUUCUCCUUUCCUUUCAGCGUGUGGUGGUUUAAUCACGGCACUCGAUCAAACUGUCAUGUCACCCAACUAUCCCAGCGAUUAUCCCAACAGUGUUACGUGUGUAUGGGCUAUUAAUCCUGGACAGGCCUUCCAACUUGAGUUUGAACAGUUCCACACCGAGUCUGGAUACGAUCUGCUAAAGGGAUACUCGUCUCUUACUUCUUUUAGCGGUAAGUACUGCUGUAAUCAUAUAGCAUGAGUUUAGAAAAUCAGUUAAGGAAUACAGGAAUAGAAGUUGCUAUACCUCCGUCACGGAAUACUGCGAUAUUUAAUACUUUUAGUCACUUAAACAAAAUGCAUGUUUUCAUAGACCUCUACAUGAUACUGAAUUUGCCUUGAACACUAUUAUUAGAGCCAAAGUUAUCAGUAUUUAAAAAGAAACGUAUUUUUGAGAAAAAUACAAUGCAAUUAAAUUAACAAAAAACAGACCAAAAAAAAAGGAACUUCGACGGUUGAUUAAUCGACCUUACUAGACAAUCGCAAUCUUCGUGACAUCAGGGUAAAAAACCGGUUGUAUGACAUGUACGCAGGUAAGUUAAAGUACAUGUUGCUUAAAAUCAACUACAACUUCUUAUCGAGUUCGAAAUAUAAGGCGCUUCUGAGAAUUGCAAAGUUGACGAACAUGAACUGUAAGUUUAAUGAACGAAUUAGUGUUUUCACAUGACAUCAGGUCCGCAAUUUUGGUGUCCCAGAACACAAAAAGAACGGCCAUGUUGGUGACCACGUGAAAUUUGUUUAUUUGGACUUGGAGUCAAACUUUUUUCAUGUGUAAAAACGUCCCUGUGCUUCGAUAAAUUAGUAAAGCUGUUAGCGGCGUGUACGAAAACGGUUUACAAGGCUGAUCAAUUUUUUUAAGUAAUUAUUUAUGCAUGAUAAGCAUUUGAGAAUGAUUAAGCUGACUAUUUGGAAACAACUUCAUUUGUGUUCAUUUUCGUUCCAUGUGAAAUCCACUCACUUUUUCAGUAUCCAUGCAAAUUUAUUGCAACUUUUGAAAGCGUUUACGUAAAGCUACGUGCCAAAAGACGCAACUAACAAUGUUGGGAUUUGUUAGCAACAAGUACCAACAAUGUUGGGACUUGCAGUGCAUCGUGGGAAGGAUACAACACAUAAGACUUUGGAGACCAUGUGUAAUGAGCGUGAGCGGCCCCAACAGUGUUGAAAGAGUUGUGAAAACGACCCAACAUUGUUGCGCGCUACGCUUCGGCGAUCACGAAAAAAGAGAAAUGUUAGUUGUUUGCUCAAGAGUUUGACCGCUUUCAAACUUUGCUCAACAAAUCCCAACAAUACGCAACAGCGUGUGCAAACGGACGCAACUUGUAACAUCCAAAAAUGUUUCGCCCGUUCGCACGGGGCUUAAGAAAUUCGUUCAAAUCUCAUAGGAUUUGCUCGGUACACCAACAUGACUGCCGCUUAAUUGUUUUGGAACACCAAUGUGGCCGCCUUGACGUCAUGUGAAAAGGCUUCAUAACACCGGCCUUUUAAUCAAGUAGCCAGCGUCACGCUUUUUUUCUAUCCCCUCAUGUCGUUAGCAAGCUCUUGCGUGACCCCCCUUCAUGAUCUGCAACGCCCUUUAAAUUCUCUUAAACACAAAAAGCGUGUAAUAUAAUUGCAAGAUGAUGGCUUAAAUAUCUCGCGCUACUCACUAUAUUUAUCAGCUGUAACAACUACAACAACAACAACGACGACGACCACAAAAUAGCUAAUUCAGUGUGACCUAAUUCGGCGUCAUAGAGUGGUUUUCGUUUGAGUGUCGUAAAACCAAAACCAAAGUAAUUACUCUGGCCAAUCACAUAGGACACAGACAAUACAUUGAACCAAUCAAAACUCGAAGUAAUGACAUGUGGCUGACGCAAAGCGCUGCGUCACAAUUGGCUUUGGUUUUACUUCUGAUUGGAUGAAAAGGUGGCGCGAAUCUUUUAAGCCAAUCGCAUCGUGUAGAAAGUGCAAAACCAAUUACUUUUCGACACUCAAAUGAAAACCGCUCUAUGAGCUGUAAUUGGGUCGAAGUCUGCUCAUAUAGACUGGUGGGCUUGUUUUGAUUAAUAGACAUUACUAGAAAGGUUGCCUUGUUGCGUCUGUUAACUCGAUCGACCAGACAAAGAAACUGGCAUGACCCAUGCGAUAAAAUUUAGCAAGUCUUAGCUAAUUCAGUUUUAAAGUGAGUUAAAAGUCAUCUCUUGUCUUCCACGUUUUACAGGUAGCGAUCUAAUCUUCGAUAUUGAUGGUGAAAGAUUCGCUCUCCAACCGUUCCAGGCCCCCACUGGUGUGAUGUACCUUAAAUUUACAUCCAACAAUGCAGGGACCGCGCCUGGAUUUAAAGCAACCGUAAAGAAAUACCAAGUUAUCGUUGGAAAGAAGAAAUAGUUUCUUUCUUGCAGAAAAGGAAAUAAAAUGGAAUAUAAUAUAUUAGUCUGGAGUAAAUUAAAGUCGCGUUAGAAAACCUAAUAAAAUCUUAUGGUUAUAUACGAUGUCUGUGGA